AUGCCCCAAGACCACCCCAACACCGCCAAGCUGGAUCCCAACACGCCCUCGCCGCCUCGCACCGCGAGCCACAGCGGCUCCAUCUUCGGCCGCGAGCGCCUGCGCCGAUCCGUCCUCGAGUCCGACGUCCGCGAGAAGGAGAAGGAGCUCACCAAGCUCCAGGGAUGGUGUGAGGGGCUCGAGCGCGCCCUCGCCAAGGAGCGCUCCGAGUCGCACCGCCUGGCCACCGACCUCCAGGACACGCAGACGUCGCUCUCGCAGGAGCGCGAGGACUGCCGCCGCCUCAACUCGGAGCUGCACGAGGCCCAGAAGCGCAUCGACACCCUCGACGCCCUCCUCGAGGAGGACAACGACAACGCCGUCGCCCACGAGACCCGCAGCGUCUCCUCGGGCUCGACCCGCGACCAGCAGCUGCAGGACAAGGUCCAGCACACCGUCGUCACCAAGAACAAGGCCCUCGAGAAGAACGCCACCCUCAAGGACCAGCUCGAGCGCAUGGACGACCGCGUGCUCUCCUGCCAGGCCGAGCGGGACCAGGCGCGCGGCGAGAGCAGCCAGCUGCGCGCCGACGUCGCCGCCAUGAAGACGGAGAAGAAGGCCAUGCAGCGCCAGAUCGACAAGGCCGCCAAGGAGGCCCAGAAGGCCAAGGACGAGCAGCAGAAGAUGGCGCAGGAGCUCGCGGCCAAGGACCAGCUCCUCCAGCAGCUGCGGGCGCGCGUCGUCGACGAGGAGAGCCGCAACAUGGUGCUGAGCCGCCGGAUAGCCAGCCUCGAGCUCAUCACCAGCGAGACCCUCAAGGGGCAGGGCAACCGCUGGUUCCACGUCGGCGCCUGGGUGCAGCAGAUGUGCAGCGCGUCCGCCGCGGCGAGGUAUUUCGGCUGGAUACGCCGGCCGUGGUGGAGGCUACACAAGCAGGAGUGA